AUGAGUUCACCUUCGAGCAGUGAUGGAGGCAUCAACUUCGCACUCUACCGUUAUACUCCCUCAAUUGCUGCCGCAUCGGUAUUUGCAAUAGUUUUCCUAGCUAUCACAAUUUUUCACUGUGCUCGACUAUGGCGAUGCCGCGCCUAUUUCUUCAUUCCCUUUAUUAUCGGUUUGCUUUUUGAAUGUGCCGGCUAUAUUGCUCGCAUCUUCUCGCACUUCAACACCACACCCCUCGGUCCAUAUAUCGUACAGACCAUGUUGAUUCUGAUCGCGCCGCCCCUGUUCGCUGCUUCCAUUUACAUGACUCUGGGUAGAGUCAUGGUUACCCUCGACUCUCAACAACUCUCCAUCGUGCCCGUCCGAUUCCUCACGAAAAUAUUUGUUGUUGGAGAUGUGAUCUCAUUCCUCCUUCAAUGUGGAGGGGGUGGUUAUAUGGCCGCUGGAACGAUUGGGGCUAUGAACACUGGCGCGAACAUCGUAGUUGGAGGACUUGUUAUCCAGCUCCUUUUCUUCGGCUUCUUCGUCGUCGUCUCGGCGGUGUUCCACUGGCGCGUGAAGAAAACAACACCAUCAGGGCGCAGUAAGAGCUGGGAGUCUAUAAUGUGGGCGCUCUACGCUUCCUGUUUCCUCAUUCUAGUGAGAUCAAUCUUCCGCGUGGCAGAAUUUGUUGAGGGCAAUGAUGGUUUUAUUAUGAAUAGGGAAUAUCUGCUGUACAUCUUCGACGCUUGUCUCAUGUCUCUGACUGGAAUUGUGUUGGCAGUUGUCUACCCUGGGUCGUUUUUCGGACGUAUUGACGGCAAGCGAGAGAGCGGGCUGCGGCUUAUGUCUUCGGAUGAGGGGAGGUCAAAGUCAUAUGGAGCUUGA